GUUCAAAAUCUCCAUCUUGUGUAUCAAUGAUUUCUGCUAUAACAUCAUAUGUGCUUGGUUUAACCACUUCUCUUAUCUCGUCGUCUUCUGAGACACCUUCAUACGGAGCAGUUGUUGAAACAUCUUCAGGGACCAAUAGCGUUUCACUUUCAAGUACUGUUUCCUCUGGCCUAGUAAACGUUUCUUCAAUGACCUCUUGCGAAUCUACAUCCUUUGGUUCAAGGAUUUCUGUUGUUUCAGCUUCAGAAAUUGGCUUUGCAAUUGUAGUUAUUUUAUCAAUAGCUUCAUGUUCAGGAGCUUUUGAUGGCGUUUCAAUUAUCUUUUCCAGGUCAGCUUCUUUGGUUGACCACGCAACUUCUAUUUUCUCAAGGUCUCCUGAGACACCUUCAUAUGGAGAAGCUAUUGGCUUUUCAAUUUCAAUGGUCUGUGCUAUAGCUUCAUGUGCAUUAGCCUCAUCUGGUGUUUUACCGAUCUGUUCCAAAUCAGCUUCCAUGAUACCUGUAUCCACAGGUACUACCUCAACGUCUUGCAAGACAUCUUUGUACGGAGCAGUUGUUGAGACGUCUUCCGACACUAAUUGCAUUUCACUUUCAAGGACAGCUUCUUCUCUUGUGGUCACAGUUGCAUCACUGACCCCUUCAGAAAGGUCAUCCUUUGAGUCAAUAAUUGCGAUAAUGUCAUCUUCACAACACGGUUGUUCAGGUUCAGUGGUUUCCCCAAUAGCUUUUUGUUCAAAAUCUCCAUCUUGUGUAUCAAUGACCUCUGCUAUAUCAUCAUAUGUCCUUGGUUUAACCACUUCUUCUAUCUCGUCGUCUUGUAAGACACCUUCAUAUGGAGCAGUUGUUGAAACACCUUCAGGGAACAAUAGCGAUUCAUUUUCAAGUACUGUUUCCUCUGGCAUAGUAAACAUUUCUUCAAUGACCACUUGCGAAUCUCCAUCCUUUGCUUCACGGAUUUCUGCUGUUUCAUCUUCAGAAAUUGGCUGUUCAAUUGUAGUUAUUUUAUCAAUAACUUCAUGUUCAGGAGCUUUUGAUGGCGUUUCAAUUAUCUUUUCCAGGUCAGCUUCUUUGGUUGACCACGCAACUUCUAUUUUCUCAAGGUACUAUCUCAACGUCUUCUGA